AUGGCAUUUUCCCCCUAUUCUACCCCCGCCCGUCAAACAGCUGGAUGGCCCGUUUACGUCCAAUCUCCUGCUCAAAAUCAUAUUACUUCCCAUCCUAAUACGACCAUCAAGCAAAAUCCACGUCUAGUCCAAACUCCAAAAGCAACGGUAGACGCUCUCCAAAAGUCUGCGCAACCACCCGCGACGCCGGCUUCCUUUCAACUUUGGAUUCCACCAGCUCGCACAGCGUCGCCAGAGCCCGACUUUAUUCCUUGGAGGACGCCUGCAGACGUUGAACAGGAUUCAAUUUCAACCCUUUCGACCAGCUCUGACGACGACGACGAGUCUCCAGCAGAAACCAGCCUGCCACUCGUCCCGCUGCCGACGCCGACGAGCAAAGCCCUGGUGAAGAAACCAGUCGACGCUAAAGUGUAUACUCAUUCAACUCAUAUCUCCAAAUUUUCAAAUAUUUCAACACCCAUGUCGGCCCAGCAAGCGUCGAUGCAACUCUUGCAGUAUCGUUCCCCCGCCUCUGUCCAGUACGACAAGGUCGCCCAUGGCAUAUUUUCUCCAGCAUCUACUGUUCGUAUCCCACUCCCACUUGCAGCCGCUACUCGCUCAGCAAGCAAGCCGCCUCUGCCUUUGCCUGGUUCAGCCAAAGCGGUGCCCCGCCCGCAACGCACGAGUCUACAGGCCAAACCGGUGUCGACUACAUCCGUUCUGUCGCCGCCUGUAAUCGGCCUUGACCUCGCUCUGAUGCCUCCAGCCGAUCAUCGAGACUCUGCAAUGUCGCCCCGCAACUCUGUCAAUGUCCGAACGACUACCGGCGCAAGAGCGUCCCGACUCGCGCCCAUUGACAUUCCGAGGCGUACCUCCAAGCUUUCUACCGUCUCCAACAGACCCGUCUGGAAGCCAGUUUCUGCACCCACGCCUGCGUCGCCCAUUUCUGCUGGUCCACCGCCAGAACGCUCACCAAUCACGAGUCCGCCAUCGCCUGACCAGCGGCCGCCAACGCCACCACCCAAAGACAUUGUUGAUACCCAUGAAUUAUCCAAGCAUCCAUCUGCAUCUGCUGUAUCUAUCGACCGCUCAGUUAUGCCCGCUGCCACCCUCAUGCCAUCCAAACCGACAACGCCCGAGCCGACUGCUCAUGUUAAUGAGCGCGCUGAGAUUCUGGCACGCACCAUUUCCUCAAACAAUCUCCAUCAAGCGUACAAGACAGAGUAG